CAUUACUUGAUUUUUGAUGGGUUGUGCUGCAGCUAAACCGGAAAAGUCACUAAGCAAACAAAAUUCUCCUUGCUCUCAUCCUAAAGAGGCUACUCCCUCGAUUUCACUGAUGUAAGAAACUGAUAAAAUCGAUUCAGAUUAUAUAUUCCAUACCUUGGACCCUUUAAUAAGUAAGUUACUCAUUUUAUAAUUAAAACAGCCAGAAGAAAUUACAUAAAGAAAGCGGUUUCGAAAAGCAAUAAUGCAAGUCGAAUAGUAAAGGUUUAUAAUUGUUUAAAUCUCACUAAUACUGAAAAGUAGGAAUUCGAGAAGAUAGUGAACCAACUCCUGCAAAUUGUAAGUCUUAUCAUAUAUUUAAGAAACAUUUAAACUUAGUCAGCCAAUCAUCAUACUAUUUCAAUGAUAAUAAAUUAUACUUAGUUAGUGAUUUUUGUGAUGGAGGCAAUCUAUUAUCCCGCCUGGAUCAUUUUAGCCAACUACAACAACACAAUAUGUUUGAUGUUUUUUGUUAGAUCAUGGCAGGAGUCCAAUUCCUACAUAAUAAAGGGAUUGCACAUGGGUAUGUUAAGUUGUGGCAUUUUUAGUAAUAUUCAACUCGAAAGUAUAGUGUUUACAGAGAAAACCAUGUAGAACGUCAAGUUAAUAGACUACGGCAUCCCCAGUUCCUUGAAAUCCACCUGCCUAUAAUGGAGACCUAAUGGAGGUAUUCAAGAAAUAUCCUUCAAAUCCCCUGAAGCCUUGAAAUAAUCAAAUCUCACAUCCUUUAAAUCCGACGUCUGGUCAUGUGGAUGUCUCUUGUACUUCUUUUUGACCUCUCAUAUGCCAUUUCAAUCAAGAGAUGUCCAGACCUUAAAAACGGCAAUACAAAGAGGAAUAGUGAAUUUCGAAGGCUCAGAAUGGGCCAACAUCAACCCAGACAUGAAAUAACUAGUUAGCAAAAUGCUAAGUACCAAUCCAUAGGUUCGUCCGACAGCAGCAGAAGUGAUCAAUCAUCCGAUAUUUGUGAACAGAGCCAAAAUAAUGACCAAGCCUAAUAAACAACUUUCCAAAUAGAUGAAAGACUUCAAAGUAUUUAGAUUCUUUAUAAUUGUAGUAAUAAUCAUAAAUGUAGAAUGCUAUGCUCAAUUAUAUAGCAGAAAACAUGUUGUAGGAACAAGAUAAGAAAAAACUAAUGGAAGAGUUCCAAAAAUUUGAUUUAAAUAAGGACGGGUAACUAACAAAGCAAGAACUCUUAACAGUUUAUACUACUAUGUACUCGUCAGAAUAAGCUAAUUAAGAAGUGGAAGCAAUAUUCUCGAAAAUUGAUCAAAAUGGCAGUGGAAGAAUUGAUUACCAAGGUAUUGAAAUUAUAUUCAAUUUUAGAGUUUGUUUUAGCAACUAUAGAUCAAAAGAAAUAUUUCAACAGAGAAAAAUUACUCAUUUUAUUUCAAUAAAUCGAUAGAGAUCAUAGUGGUUAAUUAAGUAAAUUAGAAGUCAAGAAAUUAUUGAGAGACAUGUCAGUCCCUAAAGAAAAGCUUGAUCAAUUAUCGAAGCAAUUGGAUUAAGAUGGAGAUGGAUAAAUUACUCAAGAAGAGUUCUUGUAAAUUAUGUUAUCAAUUGCAUGA